CUAUGGCUUCAAAUGGAAAAAGUGGAAACAGCUUUGGAGUUCCUCUAGAGACCUACAAUGACUAUGGAGCCACUGAUGAUACAUCUUCAUUGGCGAAUAAAGAUUUUCUUGGUAAUGCAGAAGAUGAAGAUCCUCUAGAUUUUAACACAAAACAGAGAAAUGAUGAUCCAGGGACUUACUUUACAGAUGGCAAAAGAAAGAUUGAUUUCAUUCUUGUUUGGGAAGAAGAAAAACUAAAUGAAAAACAACAGCAAAAGAAGGAAAAGGAGAAGAGAGAGCAGUUGGAGGCAGGCGAAGAGGAUGAAGAUGCUCUGCAUGAUAAAUGGAAAAAGAAAUUUUUGCAUCAUUUAGUUCAAGCAGGGUUAGAAAUGGAAGAGGAUGUUGUUGAAAGUGACAAGAAAAUAGUUACAUACGUGAAGCUACAUGCUCCUUGGAGUGUGUUGGUGUUCUAUGCUGAAGAGCUAAGUUUCAAGGCACCAUUGCAGGCACAUCCCAAUCCAAGCUCAAACUGGUCAUCCAAGGUGUUGAAUUUUUUUCACAUUCCCAACAUGAUGGCACAGACAGUUCCUAACCAGCCCCUUGACUACUUCACCUGCCCAUUCAAACGAUCAAAGCUUGACAAGUUUCUGGGAGGAGAAAACAAGGAUCAUUUCUUUUCAAACACUGAGCGGUCUGCUAUUGUCAAUGAGAUUCUGCAGACUGCCACUUACGGCAAAAGGAAACGAGCUGAAAUUGGUAUUGAUCGUCUUGUUGAUGAGGAGGUGUUUAGUGCUGCCUAUCCCCUGCAUGAUGGUCCAUACGAGAAGCCUGAACAUUAUGUGAGUGAGGAUACUUUAAAUAAGCGGCAAAUACUGCAUGAGUACUGGGGACGAUGGGGAUGCUGGAACAAGUAUCAACCUCUGGAUCAUAUCAGAGAAUACUUUGGAGAAAAGAUUGCCAUUUACUUUGCUUGGCUAGGCUUCUACACAGCAUGGUUGCUGCCAGCAUCUGUUGUUGGAGUGCUUGUAUUCCUGUAUGGUAUCGUAACGAUAGGCAACAAUAUCCCAGCUAAAGAAAUUUGUGAAAGUGGUGAUAUGUAUCUAAUGUGUCCGUUGUGUGAUGAGCAGAUUGGGUGCCCGUACUGGAACUUAUCAGAUACAUGUUCUCCUGCAGAGAUGGCGUAUCUGUUUGAUCACGAAGGAACAGUAUUCUUUGCCAUUUUUAUGUCUUUCUGGGCUGUGUCAUUCCUAGAAUAUUGGAAGCGGAAGCAGGUCAGUUUGGCUCAUCAUUGGGAUGUUCUCGGAUUUGAGGAAGAAGAUGAGAGACCACGGCCAGAAUUCUGUGCCAAGGCUCCUUGUAUGGAAGCAAAUCCAAUUACAGGUGUGAUGGAGCCAUAUUUCCCUGAUGAUACAAGAGCUAGGCGCUGGCUUACAGGCUUGGGAAUUCUGUGUGGCAUGGUGGUAAUUGUGCUUAUAUUCAUGCUUGGUGUUAUAAUGUAUCGUGUACUCGUUAGUAUCCCACUUUUCCAAAAUGAGGCACUGCGAUCACAGGCACAAUCUAUUGCUAGUAUGUCAAGUGCUGUGGUCAACUUGAUCCUUAUUAUGUCUCUGGGUCAAGUCUACCAGCUAUUGGCACAGAUCCUCAAUGACUGGGAAAUGCAUCGAACACAGACAGAAUAUGAAGACAAUCUGACAUUCAAAGUGUUUAUCUUCCAGUUUUGUAAUUUUUACUCAUCUAUAUUCUACAUUGCCUUUUUUAAGGGCAAAUUUGUUGGUUACCCAGGAGAUUAUACUCGUAUUUUUGGUUUACGAACUGAAGAGUGUGCUAAUGGUGGCUGUCUUGUGGAGCUAGCUCAACAACUUCUGGUCAUUAUGGUUGGCAAGCAGAUGAUCAACAAUUGCCAAGAGGUUGCUGUUCCGAAAAUUAAGCAGUUUAUUCAGCGUUGGAAAUUGAAAGGCUCUUUAAGCGAUCGAGAAAGCACUCGUUGGGAAGAGGACUACCAACUUGUACCAAAUGAGGGACUCUUUGAAGAAUAUCUUGAAAUGAUCCUUCAGUUUGGGUUUAUCACGAUAUUUGUUGCAUCAUUCCCACUGGCACCACUCUUCGCUUUGCUUAAUAACUGGAUUGAAAUUCGCCUCGAUGGAUCUAAAUACUUGUGUGAGGUGCGUCGACCAGUUGCUGACCGUGCAGAGGACAUUGGGAUCUGGUUUAGUAUCCUGGAUGCUAUAGCGCAGAUUGCUGUUGUCAGUAAUGCUUUCUUGAUUGCAUUCACUUCUGACUUCCUGUCGAGAGCAUUGUACAAAUAUAAGCACAACGGUGAUCUUUAUGGUUACACUAACUACACCCUGUCUACGUCACCUGAAGGCUCAAUGACACAUACAUGCAGGUACCGUGACUUUCGGGAUUCAGAAGGAGCUUACACUGUUACAUAUUUUCAGCUGUUGGCACUCAAACUGUUAUUUGUCAUUAUUUUUGAACAUUUUGUGUUUGGUGUUGGCAAGUUGAUAGAUAUCGCAGUGCCUGAUGUUCCAGAGAGCUUGGACGUGAAGAUUAAGCGUGAAGCUUACAUGGCUAAACAAGCACUCAGUGACAUACACGUUGAAAAAAGAGUUUUGUAAAGACCUAACUCGAGGAUUGAUGUUCUGGCUCAGAUAACUAAAUGAAAUAGUAAUUGGUGAAGGCGUUUCCAAAUAAGGAUUGAUCGGAAUCAAGUGAUUACUAUAUUAUUAUUAUUAUGGCAUGUGGCUUCUUAUUAAUUUAAUACAUAUAUUUAUCUUUUAUCUUGUGUUUUUCUUGAUUUAAUUUUUUUUUUUACUAUUUCAAGAUGAUGAUGAUGACAUUAAAUUUUAAUCAAUUGAAUUUAAUUAUAAUUAUGCUAUAUCAUAUUGUUAUGUAAAUUGAUUGUUUGUCUGUGCAUAAACUGUUAUAAAAAUAUGAUGUAUUCUGUAUUUACCUUCCUUGUAUUAUUAUGGUUCUCUUGUCAAAUAACAAUAGACCAACAAGAAUAUAUUAGCAUAUUAUAUAUUAUAUAUUCUUAUCAACUAAUUUCUAUUGCGCCUAUGACGAACAUAUUCGUCUCUACUGUUGGUGAAAUGAAACAAAUAUUAAUGGUUAUUAAUUAGUUUAGUAAUUAUUUGUUUUAUUGCGCGGAUUCAAAAAUAAUGGUAUGGUAUGAUAAUUUAAAGAGGAUGAGUUUUCUAGACACCUAUGUUUUUCCUGGCAAUAUUGUAUAUUAAUUUUAUCAAUUAUUAUUAUUAUUAUUGUUUCCAACAAACGUUCUUUGCCCCUUUUUAGAUUUUGACCCCAGUGUUCUCCCUACACCCAGGCCUUUGCCCAGUUAUAAAAAUAUAAUGUUGACCAUUUUUCCAAUAAUCGUACUUACUUGCAUUUACUCUUAUUUUGAACAUUACCGUUUAAGACAUUGUUUAAAUCCACACUAGCCUGUAUCUUACAAUUUAGGCCUACCAGAAAGUACAUUCCCAUUACAAUGGUCUUCCAUUUCCAUGGCACAUGAUACAAACAACAACAAUAAUAAUUAUAAUAAAUAAUGAUUAUAUUUUGAAAUACUGCACACAGAAGUAUUUGUGUUGGUCUAUAAAGUUUAAAAAUUCUAGUGUCGUUAUCACUCGUUCACAUCCUCAGCUCCAUAUUUGUCUACUCUUGAGGGAGCUCCAAUGUCAAAAUUAUUCAGUCAGAUAAAGUGGUACUGCAAAAAUCAACUCAUAUCUGAGGUCUCUUGCACCCAAGUUGCUGUGUGAUUCAGAUUAGUUAUUAUUAGUUAUUAGUGUACAUGUACUGUAUUAUUCUUGUUGUGUGAAGGGACAAUUCUAUCACCAGCAUAGCUUCAGGUGGUUUAUACAUUUAAAAUAAAUGCAUGAAUACGAAUGCAAUAACCUGUGUAAAAGGUUUCAAAUAUUGGCAUUACUUCUCAAUACAAUUGUGCCCAACAGUAGAUUUAUUUUUAGUCAUGUUUUUGGAAGGUUUAUUUCGUUAUUAGAUAGCCUUUUGGGCAGAAAUUCUCUGCUGUAUUUGCACGAAAUAUGUUCAUCCAACCUAGCUGUUGCUGUGUGCUUAUAACCAGAGAUAAUGGGUUCCUAGAUAGAUCAGUAAUUUCAGUAUGCAAAUCUAGUUUUAUUUAUUGGGAAUGUGCAAUUGGUGAAUAAUGGAAAUUCAAAUUAUUUUUAAUAGUGUAUUUUUCUUUGUUACCUUACAUUACCAUAAUAAAGUUGAAAUGUUUAAAAUGCGUGUUUACGUGUGUUUGUUUGCAAAAAAUAAAAGAGACCAGUAAUGAAAUGUCUGCUAUAUAAUAUUUAUUUACUGUUUACCUCAAUUGUAGGAUUUUUCUAACAAUUGGAAUUCUUCUCUUUGGAAUAUAACAAAGGUAGACAAGACAACUUCUACAAUAGAUCACCACUGUUAUGAUUCACAAUCAUUGAGAAAAUUAGAGGUAUCAGUUCAUAUACUAAAACAAAAGAAAUAGAUUUUGAGGAAUGAGUUGGGAUAUGUAUCAUCCAUCAAUGCUGCGAUACAUCUCUAAUUUAUAUCUGCAUUUAAAUACCAUUCAAAUGUGAAC